CCUCCUAGGCAGAACUGGAAGGACCUCCUGGAUGCCUCCUCCACCAUCUCCUCUGUGUGCUGAAGGGAAAAGAGCCGCCAUGCAGCCCGCUCAGGCGGGGGUGUCCUUCGAAGAGGUGGCCGUGCAUUUCACCCCGGGGGAGUGGACCCUGCUGCGCCUGGCCCAGAGAGCUCUCUAUAAGGAAGUCAUGCUGGAGAAUUAUGGGAACGUGGCCUCUCUGGGACCUCUGAUUGCUAAACCGGUCCUUAUAUCCUGGUUGGAAGAAGAGGAAGGGCCGUUUCUCCUGGGCUCUGAUGAAGAGGAGGGAUCGACAGGAGUCGUGUGGGAGUCAGCGAAUGCAAUAGAAGAACCCCGACGGAUGGGAAAAGAGGAUGCCUAUUCAGAGGUGAAAGAGGAGUUUGAAUAUUUGGAUGCACCAAAGAAAGAAGAGGAGGAGGGAAGACGCCCACCAAAAGGGGGUGUUUUACAGGGGGGUGACUCUCUACAGCAAAGAGUCCGUCAAGAAGGCGACAAGAAUGAGUGCACUGCAAAUAGAGACAAUUUCACUGAAAUGUCAGUUAUUAAUAUUCAACGAAGGAAGUGCAACAGAAAGAAAAUCCAUGAAUGUCUGGAGUGUGGGAAAAGUUUCAGGCAGAAAGCACACCUUACUUCCCAUCUAAGAAUUCACACAGGGAAGCAAAUAUAUGAAUGCCCGCACUGUGGGAAAAGGUUCAGUCAGAGUGCAGACCUUACUUCUCACCGAAGAACACACACAGCGGAGAAGAAAUAUGAAUGCCUGGAGUGUGGAAAAAGUUUUCGUCGGAGUGCAGACCUUACUUCUCACCAAAGGACACAUACAGGGGAGAAGAAAUAUAAAUGCAUAGAGUGUGGGAAAGGCUUCAGUCAGAGUUCCAGUCUUACUUUCCACCAAAGACUUCACACAGGGGAGAAACCAUAUAAAUGCCUGGAAUGUGGGAAAAGCUUCAGUUCCAGUUCACACCUUACUUCCCAUCAAAAAAUUCACACAGGGGACAAACCAUACAAAUGCAUGGAAUGUGGUAAAAGUUUCAAACACAGUCAGAGUCUUACUUUCCAUCAAAGAAUUCACAAGGAGGAGAAACCAUAUGAAUGCCUGCAGUGUGGGAAAAGGUUCAGUCAGAGUGCAGACCUUACUUCUCACAGAAGAACACACACAGCGGAGAAGAAAUAUGAAUGCCUGGAGUGUGGAAAAAACUUUCGUAGCAGUUCACACCUCAGUGUCCAUCAAAUAAUUCACACAGGGGAAAGACCAUAUAAAUGCCUGGAGUGUGGAAAAAGUUUUCGUCGGAGUGCAGACCUUACUACUCACCAAAGGACACAUACAGGGGAGAAGAAAUAUAAAUGCAUAGAGUGUGGGAAAGGCUUCAGUCAGAGUUGUACUCUUACUCUCCACCAAAGACUUCACACAGGGGAGAAACCAUAUAAAUGCCUGGAAUGUGGGAAAAGCUUCAGUUCCAGUUCACACCUUACUUCCCAUCAAAAAAUUCACACAGGGGACAAACCAUACAAAUGCAUGGAAUGUGGAAAAAGUUUCAGACACAGUCAGAGUCUUACUUUCCAUCAAAGAAUUCACAAGGAGGAGAAACCAUAUGAAUGCCUGCAGUGUAGGAAAAGGUUCAAUCAGAGUUCACACCUUACUUCCCACCAAAGGACACACACAGGGGAGAAGAAAUAUAAAUGCCUGGUGUGUGGGAAAAGCUUCAUUCAGAGUAACAAUCUUACUUCUCAUCAAAGAAUUCACACAGGGGAGAAACCAUAUAAAUGCCUGGAGUGUGGAAGCAGCUUCAGGAAGAGUGGCCACCUUACUUCCCACCGAAGAACACACACAGGAGAGAAACCAUACAAAUGCCUGGAAUGUGGGAAAGCCUUUACUGUCAGUUCUGGCCUUACUUCCCAUCGAAGAAUUCAUAUAGGGGAGAAGCCAUAUAAAUGCCUGGAGUGUGGAAAAAGCUUCAGUGUGAGAUGCAGUUUAAUCUCCCAUCAAAGAAUUCACACAAGGGAGAAACCAUAUAAAUGUCUGGAGUGUGGAAAAAGCUUCAGUCGGAGUGGCAGUUUGACUUCCCAUCGAAGAAUUCACACAGGGGAGAAACCAUACAAAUGCCUGGAGUGUGGGAAAAGCUUCACUGACAGUUCCAGUCUUGCUUCCCAUAGAAGAAUACACACAGGAGAGAAACCAUACAAAUGCCUGGAGUGUGGGAAAGCCUUUACUUUCAGUUCCGGCCUUAUUUCCCAUCGCAGAACCCACAUAGGCGAGAAGCCAUAA